UUUGUUUUGUUGAGAGGAUAAUUUUCCCUAUCAUUAUUAUUUAAUUAUUUUUAGAGUAUUAUAUACACUCAAUUCAUAUAAGAUUUAAUUUAAUUACAAAAUAUAAGUUGGAAACUUUGCAAAGUCAAAAUUGUAGACCUCACUUCAUCAUCAUCUUCAAUUCAACUUUGAUCAAAAUCUGAAUUGAAUUGAAUUGUAAUGAUAAUAAUAUGGGGUUGCAAUUGCAUCAUAGGAAAUUGAUGGCAAAAUUAUGUGAAACAAUAUGUCACACAAAUUGUUCAUCAGGCAAAAAUUGCACUGCUUGCUUCAAUUUCUGUAUAACCAGUCCAAAAAUCCCUUAUUACUAUCCUCCAUCACCACCACCACCACAACAAGAUCACCACAAAAUCAACAAUUACUUCAUCCUCACGCUUUCUCUUCUUGCUUUUGCUUUUUUUCUUGUUUGUAUUCGUGCAAUUUACGUCAGUUUCAGGUCAAGAAGAAGAAGAAGCAGCUUACGGGCACAACCAUCAUCAACAACUCAACAAAAUGAUAGGAAUUUUGAUGAUGAAGAACAACAGCAUCAACAUGGAUCUGUGGUGGAUCAUCCUAUUUGGUAUAUUCGAACCUUAGGUCUUCAUCAAUCUGUUAUCAAUGCAAUUAGUGUUUGUAAGUAUAAGAGAGGUGAAGGUUUGAUUGAAGGAACUGAAUGUUCUGUAUGUUUGAGUGAGUUUGAAGAAGAUGAGAAUCUUAGACUUUUACCUAAGUGUCAUCAUGCUUUUCAUUUACUUUGUAUUGAUACUUGGCUUAGGUCGCAUACCAAUUGUCCUAUGUGUAGGGCUCCAAUUGUUAAUAACCCUACAGUUGCUAGGGUUGAGUCUUUGGAGUCUGUUAUUGUUGUUGAUGAUUCCAGUUCAAGUUCAUUGGAACAUACACAAAUUGAUGUUUUUGAUGAAAAUAGUGGUGAAAGUGAAACCAAUUUAGGGUUUGAAAAUAGUGCUUUUGACUCUGAAUCGAGGAAUUGGGAAGAAAAUGAUGGAGGGCAGUCCGAGGUAUGUGAAAAUGAAAGGCAAGUUGUCGAUGUGGUUAGCAUCGUUCGGCCUAGGAGAUCAGUUUCUAUGGACAAUUUUGCUUUUGCAACUGUUCUAUCAAUUGAGUCUAAUGGUAAUGGUGAUUCAAGUAAAAUGAGUUUCAAUGAUGAUGCUAUUUCAAAGGUUAAUGGAAACGAGAAUUUGGCAACUACUUCCAAAGGCAGCAGUAGCUUUUCUUUUAGGCCAACAAGAUAUUUGCAGGGUGUUCCUAGUCCAAUGAAGAGGUCAAGUUCGUACAAUGGGAAAUUUCUUCUGUCUUGGUUUAGCAGCAAUCAGAAGAAGCCAAAUGAUAUUUUCAGAAACUUAUGAAUUAAUUGUGUUGUUUCUGCUUUUUAUGCUUACUUCCAAACGGAAAUAUACUUCAUGUAACUCAGUAACUCUCAACAAGCUGAGAGGCCGAGACUUUCAAAUGAAAUAUACAUACAUGUAACUCAGUAACUCUCAACAAACUAAGAGACUGAGACUUUUAAAGUUUUCUGUAUGCAUCAAAGAAAUUAUGUGAUGCCUCAAGUGUAUAAUAGUAAAACAAUAAAGUUACAAAUAAAUUUUGCUAAGUUUUUUGUUCAUA